GUACCAGGUAAAACCCUAUCACGGAGGCGGCGCACCUCUCCAUGUAGACCUUCCAACCUGCAUGUACCGGCUCCCUAAUGUGCACGGCCGGAGCGGCUGCCCUGCGCCCGGCGCGGGCCACGUGCAGGUGGGAGGUUUGAAGACAAGCGAUGAAGUUUAAACAGACUACGUGUAUGUGCGGAGAAAUGAACACUUUGAUGUUGGUUUGUUUAGGGAGAGUCUGACCUGUCCCUUCAAGCUCUUGAGUCCCGUCAAGAUGAUAUUUUAAAAUGCCUGUAUGAAUUGAAAGCUGCAGUUGAUGGUCUCUCCAAGAUGAUCCAAACUCCAGAUGCAGACUUGGAUGUAACCAACAUAAUCCGAGCUGAGCCCACUGCUUUAAAGACCAGUGCAUUGGACUUAAAUUCAGUGCUUGGAAAGGAUUACGGAGCACUGAAAGACAUUGUCAUCAAUGCAAAUCCAGCCGAGCCACCACUCUCCUUGCUAGUGCUGCACAGACUGCUCUGUGACCAUUACAGGGUCCUGUCCACUGUCCACACGCAUUCGUCAGUCAAGAGUGUGCCAGAAAACCUUCUCAAGUGCUUUGGAGAACAGACUAAAAAACAGUCUCGUCAUGAAUACCAGUUGGGUUUUACUUUAAUUUGGAAGAAUGUGCCAAAGACUCAGAUGAAGUUCAGCGUCCAAACGAUGUGCCCCAUUGAAGGAGAAGGGAACAUUGCACGGUUUUUGUUCUCUUUGUUUGGCCAGAAGCACAAUGCUGUAAACUUAACCCUCAUAGAUAGUUGGGUGGAUAUAGCUAUUUUUCAGCUGAAAGAGGGAAGCAGUAAAGAAAAGUCCGCUGUGCUCCGCUCCAUGAACUCUGCUCUUGGGAAGAGCCCAUGGCUUGUUGGGAAUGAACUCACCGUAGCAGAUGUGGUGCUGUGGUCUGUGCUCCAGCAGACAGGGGGCGCCAAUGGGACAGUGCCUGCCAACGUGCAGAAGUGGAUGAAGUCAUGUGAAAACCUAGCCCCCUUUAACACUGCCCUCAAGCUCCUUAAGUGAAUUUUCAGUAACUGAUCUUAAAGGGUUUGGAUUUUAAGAAUGGUGCUGCUAUUUCGUGCCUAUUGGUAAAUGGACUUGCUCUUUUUAUUUAGGCCAGUUGUCAAGUAUCAAUAAAAGCAUCAUAGAAUUU